AUGCGGCAUGGUUAUUACCUUCAAGAGGAUUUGGAGACAGUGGAUACAUCAUUCUUUGACAUGGAGGGGCUGCAGCCUUCUCGAAUGGAUCCCCAGCAAAAGAUGCUUCUGCAUGUGGUAUGGGACUGCCUUGAGAAUGGUGGGCAGGUUGACUGGCGUGGAAAGCCCAUCGGCUGCUUUGUCGGCACGUAUGGAGGAGAUUGGGAAGAGAUCGAGUUCAGGGAUUCCCAAAAUGCACACAACUUCCAUAUGAUUGGACACGGAAAGUUUUCACUGGCAAAUGUCAUCUCCUAUGAAUUCCAUUUCAAUGGUCCCAGUAUGACAAUUGAGACUGGAUGUUCUUCAUCCAUGGUAGCCUUGAAUCAAGCCUGCCAGGCUCUAAUUUUGCGAAGUUGCUCUGCGGCCAUUGUUGCGGGAUCUAAUCUGAUCCUCACGCCCACUGUCGCAAUGCAUGGGUCAGGACUUAGUGUUUUCUCACCCUCGGGAACUUCCAAGUGCUUCGAUGCCUCCGCAGAUGGAUAUGGAAGGGGAGAGGCUGUCAAUGCAGUUUGUAUCAAACUGCUGGAUGAUGCCAUCAGAGAUGGUGACCCAGUUCGAGCUGUCAUCCGCUCUAGCACGGUCAAUUGCGAUGGUCGAAGCCCCGGAAUUACUACACCAUCUGCAGAGGCUCAAGAAGCUCUUAUUAGGGACGCAUACAAGCGGGCAUUCAUUAGUGAUCUCUCACAGACUGCCUUCGUUGAGUGCCACGGUACUGGAACACUAGCAGGCGAUCCAAUCGAGUGCUCGGCGAUCGCCAAGACCUUUCUAGAUGGAGUAUAUAUUGGCUCUGCUAAAGCCAACGUUGGCCAUUCUGAAGGGGCAUCUGGGCUCACAAGCCUCAUAAAAGCAGUACUUUCCCUGGAGAACAGGCUAAUACCGCCCAACAUCCACUUCCAUCAACCAAAUCCACGGAUCCCUUGGAAAGAUGGACAUCUGCAUGUCCCUAAAACACUUACUGCAUGGCCCAAGAAUCGAAAGGAGAGGAUCAGUGUCAGUAAUUUUGGAAUUGGAGGUACAAACGCGCAUGUAAUUCUCGACUCCUUUUCCCCAUUAUAUUCCACGGCUGCAACUGAAGAUGAGGUCAACCAAUCAAAGCCUCUGCUGCUUGUUAUAUCUGCAAAGAGCCAGGAGGCGCUGCUGCGUCGAGAAGAGAGUCUGCUAAAGUACAUGAAGUUGCAUCCGACCCGCCUUGGCGAUCUAGGGUAUACCCUAGGCACUCGCCGUGAACAUCUUUCCCACAGGCGCUUUUUAAUCAAGCCUGCCGGUAGAGGCUCCAGCAUAAUGAGCACUAAACGCGGGAUUGCCGGCCGCAUCCCUGAAUUAACAUUCGUUUUCACGGGCCAAGGCGCCCAGUGGGCCGGGAUGGGUAGAGGUUUGAUGAACUGCUUCCAAAGCUUGCGGGAGGAUGUACGCUUCCUAGACAGCGUCUUACAAAGCAUAGAAAGGCGGCCUUCGUGGAGUAUAGAAGAAGUGCUUGCCAGUGCCGACAGUGAUCGCAUCAAUAUGCCCCAGAUUUCGCAGACUGUUUGCUGUGCGUUGCAGAUUACAGUGGUAAAUCUUCUCGCAAACUGGGGUGUCAAACCUGAUUCAGUUAUUGGUCAUUCGAGUGGUGAGAUUGCGGCUGCAUAUGCCGCGGGUGCAAUUACAGCCGAGUCUGCUAUCGCUCUGAGCUACUACCGUGGAUUGCUAGUAGACGAAUUGGGCAAGAUUGGAGCGAUGGCAGCUAUUGGCCUCGGUCGAAGGCAAGUAGCAUCUUAUUUACGAAAAGCCGUGGUGAUCGCUUGCGAAAACAGUCCUAAUAGCGUUACCCUGUCUGGGGAGUCACGCCAAGUCGAAGAAGUGAUGGAAAAAAUCAAAUCAGAUCACCCAGAUGCGCUGUGUAGACUGCUGCGUGUUAACAGAGCAUAUCAUUCCGAAUCCAUGGUUUCAAUUGGGAAGGCAUAUGAGACCCACAUUCGAUCCUACAUCACGACUAAGCACACAAUGAUUCCAAUGUUUUCCAGUAUGACAGGGCAAAAGAUCUCGAACCCGAAACAGCUUGACUCUCAAUACUGGAUCCAGAACCUGGUGUCACCGGUCCUGUUCCGGGGCGCUGCUGAGUUCGUUAUGCAGGACAAUAUAAAGCCAUUCUUUUUGGAAAUUGGUCCACAUUCUGCUCUUGCGGCACCUCUGAGGGACAUAUUCCAGUCAUUGGGUGACGCAGAAAAGGAAGUGUCCUAUGCUUCAUGCCUCAUCCGGGGGCAGGAGCAGGAAUUGUCUCUUCUUACGGCUGUUGGUGAGCUAUUUCUCGCCGGCCUUCCCAUUGACCUUGCCGCUAUCAACGGUCAUGGGCAUGUUCUCACUGAUUUUGAUCCCUAUCCCUGGGAAAUUGGAAAGGCAGAAUGGUCUGAGAGCCGGAUUACACGGGAGUGGAGAUUCCGCAAACAUGCACACCACGAGCUCUUGGGUUCCCGAGUCGUCGAAUCGACACCAUUUGAGCCAUCGUGGAGGAAUAUGCUUCACAUUGACGACGUCCCUUGGCUCUGGGACCAUCAAAUCGGGGGCUCGACUGUGUUUCCUUGCGCAGGAUAUAUCGUGAUGGCGGGUGAGGCCAUUCGGCAGAUCACCGGGUGUUCCAAAUAUUGUCUGAGACGCCUCCGCAUGAACAAAGCAUUGACACUCGAUGAUCGUGAGAAAGCAGAAGUCUUGUCUAACUUUCGGCUAGUCCGACCAACUGAAGAGCUAGGGUCUGGGUGGUAUGAAUUCUCCGUUGCAAGCUUUCGGCGAGGUUCAUGGGUGAAGCAUUGCACCGGAGAGGUACGAAGUGAAGCCUCUUCACCCGCCUCGCAAGAUAUCAGGGGUCUGCCGCGAGCCGUAACGCCCCAGCUUUGGUAUGACAAUUUGAAGGCACGCGGUCUUGAGUAUGGGCCACGGUUUAGACUGCUCCAGAAUAUAUCGGCUCAUCCGAUACAGCUAUCAGCGACGGCCAACCUGGAGAUAGAGGAAAUUGGGUAUGAAGUCGAUGCUCCUACAAUCGAUCAGUGCUUGCAGCUCGUAGCAGUUGCCAUGUCCAACGGCCUUUCCCGGAAGUGUGAAUCAGUUGGAUUCCCUGUUUAUAUUCAUGAAGUCUUUGUCGGCAAGACAGGACCGGACCUGUUUCUUGAAGCGACCGCAACCGAAACCCCUCUAGGUGUGACUUCUGGGUCCGCGACUGCACAAUGGGGAAGCGAAGUCACAGUGAAAAUUGAUGGUGUCGAGUUUAUAGGGUUCGACGAGGGCCUCUCGCAAGGUGGAGAUCAACUGUGCUCUAACCUUGUGUGGGCUCCUGAUGUGGAUCUGUUACCGGAGGGGCAUGUUCUAUCGCCUCCAGAACCAGCUGUAGCCAUCGCCAACGAACCAUAUGGGCCAAGACAACAGCUUUUCGACAUGUGCAUAAUCGAGACUGCAAGACGCAUAGCUUCUUUGGAGCCCGCCUCGGAGCAUCUGCACAAAUACCAGCAAUGGAUGAUCACAAAGUCUGCCGCAAUCUUAGACAGUCUCAAUUCUGCGCUCUCUCCAGAAGACAGAUCAUUCCUAGAAGUGCCCAGAAAUGAUUGGAGCAGAAUUCUGGCAGCACUCAAGUGGCAAAUUGAUGAAGCCAUGCCACUAAGCAAACAUUUUGCGGAGCUGUCCCUUGUUGUUCUGGAAAAUUGCGUCGACAUCGUACGAGGAAAAUGUCAGCCAUUAGGUUUGAUGAUGGAAAAUCAGGCCUUGUCCAGGCUCUACAAUACUGGAGACAGCAGAAACUACGAAGGAUUUCUAGAACUUUUAGGACACAGCCAACCGGACCUCAAGAUUGUCGAGAUUGGAGCAGGCACUGGAGCAACGACUGCAAGGGCACUGAAAUGCUUCCAUCCUAAUGGCUGCAACCGCCAGUAUUCGCGAUAUCUCUUCACUGAUAUUUCUUCGGCUUUCUUUCCAUCGGCCAAAGAGAGAUUUAAAGAACAUGAUGCGAUUGAAUUUGCGGUGUUGGAUAUCAGUCAGGCCCCAGAGAGCCAGCAGAUCGAGCAUGAAGGAUUUGAUCUAGUGGUUGCGUCGAAUGUUCUCCAUGCAACUUCCAGUAUCCAAGAAUCUUUAAAAAACGUCAAAUCCCUGCUCAAGCCCGGUGGUCGUGUACUGAUCGAAGAAAUCUGCUCUGAGGCCCAACCUAUCGACUAUAUAAUGGGGGUUCUUCCUGGAUGGUGGAUAGGUGAGAGCGAUAAUCGUGCUGACGCACCAUAUAUUUCGGUGGAGCGUUGGACUGCGGAGUUACGAGCAGCUGGGUUUGAAGGUAUCCAGGCGGCAGCAGGUGAAACAGAGAUAUACAUGACCUCCAUAGUAGCUUCUCUCCCACCGCUGUCACAGGACGCCAAAAAAAGCGUCGUGAACAUUCUCUCUCACCCAGAGAAGAACCGAUGGGCAACUAAUUUUGCCAACAGAAUAGAGACCUUCGGUUUCUCCGUCCGUUGGUGCACCAUUUCAGAACCACCGCCCGCCAAUCAAGACGUGAUUUCUCUUCUCGAUCUGGAAGAGCCGUUCUUAUACUCCCUCACAAACUAUCAACUUACACAACUUCAGCAGUAUCUCUCGUCUUGUGAAUCAACCCGCUUAUUAUGGGUCACCCGCAGUAUUCAGAUGCGUUGUUCUGAUCCCCGUUACGGACUGACCUUGGGCUUCGCGCGAACAAUGCGCACAGAAUACGAAAUGGACUUCGCCACGGUGGAGGUGGAGGACUUCGACCAGCUUGCAGAAGAUAGUCUUGUUGAGAUCUACCAGAAGUUUCAGCAACAGCGCGUUUACCGUGACAAAACAGUUGACCAUGAGUAUUCCGUCCAACAAGGUGUGGUUCAUAUUCCAAGGUACCAUUGGAGUGACCUUUCGAAAAACUUGCUCGAGGAUGCUUCACCAGAGGCCUCCAAAACGCUCACGGUGGAGCAACCGGGGAUUCUGGAUUCUCUGAGAUGGAUCGAACAUACCCUCCCCGCUCUUGGCGCGGAUGAGGUAGAGGUCGAUGUGAAAUUCGUGGGCCUCAACUUCCGGGACUUGAUGGUGACCUUGGGGAUGCUAAAAGCUAAGAAUGAGAUCGGUCUGGAGGGCAGCGGGGUGGUUCGGCGCGUCGGAUGCGAUGUCGAACAUCUCCGCGAAGGGGAUAGAGUGAUGUUCCUUGCCACGCCGGCGUUCAGUACUCGCAUUGUUGUUCCAGGGCCCUUAGUCGUUGCGAUACCUGCUGAACUCUCCUUGGACCAAGCGGCUACCAUUGGGUGUGCAUACACGACUGCAGCGUAUUGUCUACUGAACGUUGGACGACUCCAGAAGGAUCAGUCUGUAUUGAUUCACUCCGCUGCUGGAGGAGUGGGGAUUGCGUCCAUCAUGCUGUGCCAGAUGCUCGGUGUAGAGAUUUUCGCUACGGUCGGCAACAAAGAAAAAGCACGGUAUCUUACCGACACGUUUGGAAUUCGAAAAGAACACAUUUUCGAUUCUCGUAGUACAUCCUUCGCCCCCAAUUUGCUGAAACGAACCCGUGGGCGAGGUGUUGAUCUCGUCCUAAACUCACUAGCCGGAGAACUGUUGCUGGCAUCAUGGGAAUGCGUGGCAGAAGGGGGCAUGAUGGUGGAAAUUGGCAAGCGAGACUUGAUGGGCCAUGCUAUGUUGCCCAUGGAUCGAUUCCUUGCCAACAGGUCCUUUGUGGGAGUUGAUAUUCUCUCACUUGCCAAAUCACGACCCCAAGUUGUGCGAGCGUGCUUGAAUCAAGUUUCCGCCCUCUUGGCCAAGAAAUCCAUCGCGCCCAUUCAGCCCAUGCAUACCUUCGCAGGUGAUAGAAUCACUGAGGCGUUUAAGUAUAUGCAGGACGGGAAACACAUGGGGAAGAUAGUCGUUCAAAUCCCAGAAGAGACCUCACACCUUCCAAUGUCCAAGGCCCCGACCCAUAUCGCUUUCUGCAGUGAUGGCGCCUAUCUCCUCAUCGGUGGACUAGGAGGUCUUGGUCGUGCAGUGGCGCAAUGGAUGGUCGAAAAAGGGGCCAAAUACCUGGUCUUCCUUUCACGUAACGCCGGGGCUGGAGAUCAUGAUCGCCAAUUUAUUGAUAAUCUAGAGCUCCAGGGGUGUCAUUCUCUUUUGAUCCAGGGUGAUGUUGCCAAUUUCGCCGAUGCCAAGAGAGCAGUCGCUGCCAGCUGCAGGCCUAUAAAGGGGAUGAUACACAUGGCAAUGCUCAUGAAGGACUCCCCAUUCUUCAGCAUGACCCAUGAGCAGUGGACAGAAGCACUCCGGCCUAAAGUGGAGGGGGUGUGGAAUUUGCACAAGGUCUUGCAGUCCAGCAGCCUCGAUUUUUUCGUCAUGUUCAGCUCUGUCGCGGCUGCGGCUGGAUCUGCUGGGCAAGCGAACUAUACGGCAGCCAAUACCUUCCUCGGCGCCUUUGCCCGUUACCGCCAGUCUCUUGGGCUUCCCGCCUCUGUUCUUGAUAUUGGUUGGAUCACUGACAUUGGCUAUGUUAGUCAGCGCCCAGAGCUCUUGGAGGUGAUGCGAUCCAAGAGCUUUAUUCCGCUACGAGAGAUCCAUCUCCUGUCAGCCAUGCAGUUGGUUCUGUGUCCGCCCCGAGUGGUCGACGGGGCUCGGUCAAAAUUCCUUGACGAGCAUCAUCUUUCGAUUGGCUUGGGUCUUCUGUGGGCCCAGGCUUCCAAUGACGUCCGAUGUAAAGACGCCCGUUACCGUCACGACCCAGCAGUAAAAGUCGCCCGCCUCGAAUCACGACUGAUAGAGGACAGCACUAUCAAAAGCCUUCUCCGCUCAGUGGAUGAAGAUCCCGAGAUUCUGAAGCUUGCCGAAACGGUUGAUCUUAUCACCAGGGAAAUGGCACUUCUGAUGGGGCCCUAUACGGUGGCGGUCAAAAAUGAAGACUGGGCCGCAAUGGGAGAAAUCUCGGUAGACUCGCUGGUGGCCGUGGAAGCUCGAGCAUGGUUGAAGCGCAAUCUAGGAGUAGAGCUUGGCCUUGUUGACAUCGCGACAGCAGGCACUGUUCACGGCGUUGUCUCUCUGACUAUGGCUGCACUAAUUCUGAAAUAUUCCGUCAGGUCUUGA